UUCAGCACUCGGAGAAGAAGGGAGUGUGGCGGAACGCCUGGUCAAAAACAAGCAGGUAGGGAGAAAAGCCAUGACACUGAACAAUGUCACGAUGCGUCGCAGCAGUGGUGCCUUGCAGCCACCCCAACAGCGCUGGAGCAUCCCAGCAGAUGGGAGGCACCUGGUGGUCCAGAAAGACCCUCACGAGUGCCUUCGACAGAAGAGGUACACCAUCAGUCCUGAAGAGUACUACCGAAGAAGCUGGUCUUCCGAAUCUUCUGAUUCUGUCAUCUCCUCUGAGUCAGGAAAUACCUUCUAUCGUGUGGUCCUCAUCGGGGAACAAGGAGUCGGCAAAACCACCAUAGCGAAUGUCUUUGCAGGGGUGCAUGACAGCAUGGACAGUGACUGUGAAGUGCUAGGAGAAGACACCUAUGAACGAACCUUGCUGGUAGAUGGCGAAAGCACAACCAUCAUGCUUGUUGACAUGUGGGAAAACAAGGGUGCAAAUGGAUGGAUCCAAGAUCACUGCAUGCAGAUUGGCGAUGCCUAUCUGAUUGUCUAUUCUAUCACGGACCGUGCAAGCUUUGAGAGAGCAUCAGAGCUCAGAAUACAGCUCCGCAGGAUCCGUCAGGCAGAAAACAUCCCCAUCAUUUUAGUGGGCAACAAAAGUGAUCUAGUUCGGUGCCGUGAAGUCUCCGUUGCAGAGGGCAGAGCUUGUGCUGUCGUAUUUGACUGUAAAUUCAUUGAGACUUCGGCAGCUGUCCAGCACAAUGUGAAGGAGCUGUUUGAAGGGAUUGUGCGUCAAGUGCGGCUCAGAAGAGACAGCAAAGAAAAGAAUGAGAAGAGGCUGGCAUACCAGAAGAGGAGAGAGAGCGUUCCUAAGAAAGCCAGGCGAUUCUGGGGCAAAAUCGUUGCCAAGAAAAACAAGAACAUGGCUUUCAAACUUAAGUCCAAGUCUUGCCACGAUCUUUCUGUCCUUUAGGAAUAUCAACCCAUUCCAGAUGUUCUUUUUCAUGGACAUGACUCAACUCCAUAUCGAACAAUAAAUCAAUCUAUAUUAGAUUGGCCAACAAGCAGCGUAAAUUGACUUUGAUUCACAGUUGUGAUUAUUGUGAUGAAAUGU